AUGGCCGAGCACGACACCUUCAAUCCGUACACGGCCGUCCAGCGGAGCCCCUCUCAGCACUGGAUCUUUGCUCCUCAGGCGCCGCCGCUUAAGGAUGUACGUUUGUUUUAAUUAUAAGUCGGAAAAAUCAAAAAAUCCGAUUUAAUGAUCGAUAAGUGUCUUUUCUUUUCAGAAUUGCGUCACUCUGCUGACGUUGUCGCACGACGCGGUCAACCUGAACACGAUUCCGGCGUCGUCGGCGGCCUCCUCCGACUCGAUCGUCUCGUUCGCCAGCCGCUACGUCGUUCCGGAGGUGAUCAGAAGCGACAGCGACGUGGACACCCGUUCGGCGGGCAAUCCCUACUCGCACCACCCCAACUUCACCACUCCGUCUCAAUAUUUCGGACAUCUCGGCGAGACUCUCGACGUGGAAAUUGGGCAAAAAUCGAAAGAGCCGGAGGGCGACGUGCUCACCGUCGCCGACAUUCAGAAUUUGAAGGAUCCGUUCGGAAGCGGUGCCAGCGGAUAUUAUUCGAACGCUCCCGCCGUUAAUAUCAAUCCGCCCAACGAUGUGGUAAGCCAACGAUUUUUGCAGAAUUUUAUGCUUUUUUGAUAAGAAAUUUUUCGAAAAUCCAACGAUUUACACGAAGAAUUGAUUUUCAGACGCUUCGCAAGACGGCAUUGUCUUCGAAAUCGCUCGCGGAGCUCCAUCAACUUCACGUGGCGUUCCCGUUCAAAGGAUUCCCGAACCUCGUCGAAAAUUCGACCAACUCGCCGACAACGACGCUCAACAAGAAGAUGCUGAGCCCGGAGUCGAUGUACGAGCUGCAGCAGACGGACGGAAAAUUCGACGACUGCGAUUCGAACCUCGCGGUCAUUCGCGAGUUUUCGCCGCAAACGCUUGCCGAUUUGCGCGAGCUGCGCAACAUUUCGCAAUACUCGGACUGUCAGCGAUCGUCGAAGGACGUGGCCACGUGUCUCGGAAUCUCGCCGUCGCCCUACGAACGUCAGCAGUUUGAGUGGACCGAAAACGUGGCCUACGGAGGCUUUUAA